UCUACCUCCCUGCGCCUCAAGACCGGUCUCUCCUGUGUCUUAGUGAAAUGGAUGGAUGACGUCCAAGAAUCAAAUCACUUACUGCGCUUCAUUUUAAAACCAUUAGAUUAUCAAAAAAUGAACUGCAUUAAAACUCUUCUUCUUCUGACAGCAACACCUCCUGCUUCGACGCUGUCGUUAUUUUCACCUUUAUUUCAUCUCUUUGUUUUCAGUGAAGAAUGAACGAACUCACGGCGACUCGGCAGAAGAAACGAUGACGCUCCUCACUCAUAAAAGGUCCGGGGCCCUUUUUUUUCAGGGUCUUCCAUAAAGAGUGAUGCUUAUUAACUGUGGUUCAGACACCCCACCCACGCACCCCCACAACACGCACACACCCUCCCUCAUCUCCUAACAGGUGGUCUGUCUGUAACAAGUGAACAGGUGUCUCUUUGUGGAUCCGCCAAGAGACAGCAAGCUGAAAAAGAAAAAAAACCCCAACAACAAACAAGCAGCCUUGUCCUGUUAAUUAGCACCAGAGCGCUUUGCUUAUUAUCUCAGUCUGAAGUUUAGUUAAACGCUCGACUUCUGAGCCGUUCAGACGCAGCUUGUCUUUCAGUUGGGGCCUCUAAGAAGUUUCCGAGCGAACGGGGAUCUGCUGCAGCUCAGAGUCCAUCGGCGGAGCGGGGAACAAUAUUUGCCGCCGGCUGACACGUCUCGGCAAGGCUCCACGGCGGCCGCUGGUGUGUGUGGGAAGCGCUGACGGGGGGACGACCCACGAUGUGUUUGUGGAUUCAGUGACACUCUUGACGUAACGAUCCUCAAAGUCAACACAAUCAGCUGGCAGUCAUUUGUUUGUGUGUGUGUGUGUGGAUGAAAAUGGCGUCUUCACACUGCGGGGCAUGUCUUCAUUCCUGGACAAAGCAUUCGUAUAAACACUGUAAAUCACACACAGGCAGGGUUGAGGAAUAUGAAGGGAACUUGGCUGACCUGUUUGGUCCAGGCCGCCACAGAAAGGCCCGAUGAACCAUCUUAAAAUAUUAAGUGGCCAACGAAUAUGUACACACUGGCUGAGCGUGCUCGAGUUACUGGAGUCCCACGAGAGGGCUCGCCGAGCAAAAUAAUAUACAACCAUCUGAGGCACAGCUCGUUAAUUCUGACCCAUACGUUCAGGACAAGCAAAUGCUGAUACUGAUUCAUUCGUCUGUGUCAGUGCGAGUAUGAAACCGGGAACCUGCACACUGUCAAUGCUGCAGAGGGAAGAAACAGAGCUCAGUUCUUUGAAGUGAUUGUGGGCGGGGCCCUGAUGUGUUUCACCUGUGCGCUAUUCCCCUCUGUCAUUUCAUCUGUUUGCUUCAGAUCUUAAUACCUCCACUGAAGAAAAACUCUGUCCAGUGGCUGUGCAAAGUGUGAGGGGUUGAUUUGUUGAAUUAUCUGUUUUGAAAAGUUGCAGGACGCUAUUUGACCCGCCGACCUCUGACAUCAGAAAGGCGUGUGGAGAGCGGGAGAAUCCAACAGGUAUUUUUGUUUGAACCGCACUGACACUGUUAAAAUAUCCUUUCUGGAUGAAACCAAAACAAAGAAUGAAUGGCUGAACUUUAAACUGGGUUUCUGAAUUUAUCCUUUAGACCGUGCGAAGGCGUAGAGAAAACUGAUGGAAGAAGUUCUGUCAGAUCAGUUGUAAGACGACGCAGCAUCAUGUCUGUCAGAGUAAUCAUUGAAGUUUAAUAAAAAGUACAAAUAAAACAGAAAAAAGACGGACUUACUUCAACUCAUCUGUGAUUGUUUUUGACGCGGUUUCAUUCUGUCAGCAGAUGUUUUAACUGAAUUUAAACUGUGACACUUGAAAGUACCUUUGUGUUGUUGUCCUGCAGGUUUUGGUUUGAAACUGACAAUCACAAACAACAGGUGAUGACUGGAUAUCAUCAUUGUAGGAGGGAAUCGAACCUGUGACCUCGCUGCUUUAUGACAGAAUCACCACAAAUGAUCUCUUCACUUUUUUCUCCACAGUUGGAAGCAGGAAAGUCACAUUUAAUAGAACAGAUUUAUUAUAGUUGUGAGGUUUUUUUUUUUUUUUUUUUUAGCUCACUGUGCUGAGAUCACGUGUAUUGUGAUUUAGUGCUAAACAAAUAAAAUGGAAUUGAAUUGAAUAAGUAAAAUAUUUUAGUGCGUUGAACCUUUUUUGACGAUUGGACUGAUUUAUGACUUGGGUGAAACUUUCUUAUCUGGGGAUUUUUCUGAAGUAAUUCAGAUGGUUUCUGGCAGGAUACAACUUGUGGGGAAAAAUACAGAAAAAAUAAAAUGACACAGCAAAAAGAAGUGAAGCCUUGUGUGUUUAAAUUUGUAGAUAGUUCACUUCUUCUGCUGUCAUUUCCUGUAUUAAUCCACAAUCUGAUCAAUAAAAUGUCUCCUGUCCAGAGCUCAGCAUGAGGCAGCUUCUCCUGUCAGCAUGUGCACGUAUCAGAUGAUAAGGUGGACUAAAGCCUAUAAAUACGGCUGCCCGAGUCUCCUGGUGAGCCACUGCUUAAACUCUGCUGCCUGCGACACCUGAGGAUCUGCGCUGUCUGAGCCUCCUGCGUCCGGAACGUUUCAUUAUUUAGGUUCAACUCUUCCCGCAUGGACAGAGGCGCCUGAGAGCAGUCGUUCUUCUUCACGUGUUUUUUUUUGGUUUGUUUGUUUUUUGUUUUUCUUCUCAUGAAUUAAUUAUUCGCGCCCUCGGAUCUAUUGAAACGAUGUCUCCUUGUGCGUAAAAUGCCGCGCUCAGUGCGUCCUGGCGCGGACGAUUCCUUGGAAAAUGUGCGGUGUCAGUCGCGUUUCCUUCACGCCCCGCUGUCGUGGAUCGGUGCUGAGCAGGAGUGGCAUCUCGGCGACAAAAUCUGGAUGAAAGAGCGUCCUUUAGAGCUCAGGCAUGCAUCGAGUAAUGAGAUCAUUGGCGUUAUAAAUAUCCCCGUGCCAGCAAAACAACUCCAGCUACUGCAGCCGGGGUAAUGCCCAGGAGCGCUGCACGCGUGUGUGCGCACGGUUUCUGGUGCCCAGACCUCAGGAGCGACACCAAAAAUGCCAGAAGUGGCCUAGCGAGCGUCUCCUCUUUGGAAGAAUGAAUGUUCCUCUUUACCUUCUGACCUUCGCUCACUUGAUUUGCGCCGCCGCCGGAGAGGAGCACGUCUCUUUGGAGCGCCAACUUCUGGAGGAGGGGAUCAGAUCGGGACGCAGGACUUGCAGGCUCUACUGUAGGGUUGGCAUCGGCUUCCACCUCCAGAUUCAUCCCGACGGCAGAGUGAACGGCAGCCAUGAGCCCAACCAGCUGAGUGUCCUGGAGCUCUUUGCGGUUUCUCAGGGGGUCAUCGGCAUCAAAGGGGUCUACAGCAACAGAUUCCUGGCCAUGAAUAAAAGAGGACGGCUCCACGCAACCGAGUGGUUCACAGACGACUGUAAGUUCAGGGAACGUUUCCAGGAGAACAGCUACAACACUUACGCCUCAGUAAUCCACAGGAACCACAGGACUGGUCGCGAGUGGUUUGUGGCCCUCAACAAGAGGGGAAAAGCUAAAAUGGGCUCCAGCCCGCGGGUCAAAUCCCAGCAUGUCUCCACCCACUUCUUGCCAAGGGUCAGUCUGUAUGACAGGAGCGAGCGAGGCUUCACCAUCACGAACAGGAGCAAAGAGAGGAGGAAAUCCCCGCCGCCAGCACCGCCCAAACCUCCCUUGGCGAAGGCUAACGUCCACGCGGGAACAGCACCGAGACGCACGCAAGUCAAGUACUGGCCCAAGUACCGGUUUGGAUAGAUAUCACAGGGUUUGGCUCUAUCUGUGGAACACAAGGUUGAUAGACAUUGGACAUGUACCGUAAGUCAUGGGCGUGCCCAAAAGAGCGGACAAUGGUCAUUUAUCACAUUCAAAGCAUUCCGGGUAUCUAUGAAGUGUACGAAAAACCUUAAAGGGCUGCCAGGUACAACUAUUGAGCUUGUCUUUGCUGAAGCUAUGAUCAUAGUUGGGAGUUGUCUUUCCGCUUGAGUUGAUUGUUUUUUGUUGAACAUGGUGAACUUUGGCAAAAUGUCCUGUAAAAAUCAGACUCUGUUAAAUCCAUAACUUUCUCCAUAUUCUUAGUGAAACUUACUUGAAAUGAUUUUUGAAUUAUACAUCAAAGACAGAAGAGCCGUCCAUGCUGUUCUGCCAUCUUUCAAGCUGAAUGAAAAUGACCUCAGUGGACCUGUAAUGGCCUCUAUCAUUUGUCAGUUAGGUAAUUUGUUUGUCAUUAAAGAACUGUCCAAAAAUGUUAUAUUAUGGGGUGAGUGCAGACUAAGAAACGAGAAGGGUAGUGUGAACCUUUAUGGGAGAGCAGAGUAGGGUCCUUUAAGUUUUUCCACCCUAGAUUUAUAUUUCAUUUCCACAUUUCCUUGUGAUAUCUAAAAAAACUUUCUGAUCAUAAUCAACUAACAGCUAAUACAAAACCAAUGUGGAUUUUUUAUUAUUAUUAUUAUUAGUUGUUGACCAUUAUCUCUAGCAAAGGGGGCAUAAUUUUUCACUAGCUAACAGUGGCCCCCACCAUUAUUUUACAGUAGAUGCCAGAUAUUAUGGAAAAGGACACUUUUUUUCCUCGCUAAUUAUGAUUGCAAAAAAAUUAACAGUCACUUGCCGAGAGCUUCAGCCAUCAUUGCAUCUACAAUGAAAGAGGUUAAAAUACGACCUCUGAGCAGUUCUAUGUCUUCAGGGCAGACUGAACGCUACAGUGACUUGGUAUUGGAAAGUGACGAGAUAAUCCGACCAGGCUGGGACUAGCUGGUUAAGCAUGCUAAAUUCAGUAAAAGAAAAUAAGUGAUCGUUCAACAGCUGUUAAUGCUAAUGCUGGCUAUGUAGCAUUAGCAAAACAGCUCCUUUAAAAUGUAUAAAAUUAGGAGGGAAGCACAAAACAUAAUUGUUAAAUUCCAUAAUUUUAUCGGCAUCGUCAGCCAGAAAAGUAAGUUGCCACUCAAUGAAACUCAAUUGUGGCAAACAGACAGCAAAUCCAACGACGUUUUAGCAGCUAAUCACACAUGUAAAUGACAAACUUAUGAUGGUAAAGACAAAAGAUGUUUUUAACUUCGGCAGUAAACACUAGAAAAUAAUUAUAUCAUAAAUAUGUCUGAAAUGAUGUGACAAAUCUGACUCAAAGGCAUAAUUUUUUUUAGCCACUGCUGAGACAUGAGAGGCUCUCUCAAACCUGGCUUGGAAAGUGCUUCAAACAUGUCUCCUGCCUAAACAUACACACCAGCCAACUGUCCUUUCCCUAACACCAGAUUUGUGAUAAUCAACAUGAAAAUAAAGACCGGCUCUCCGGAGGCCCUCCCCUCCUCCUGGACAGCUGUGGGGGAUCAAGGAGAAAACUGUCCAUCAAAACUAUCAUUUUAGCAACCGGCUGUCCCUCGGAAAAAUCUAGAGUCACGACCUCGCCGCAUUCCACCCAGGAGGAGCGCACACCGCCGUCACCACGGGGAUAAAGAUGCCGAGAAGGAACGCACCCGUGUUUUGGGGAAGGUUUCAAGCUGUAGGUGUAUCAGAUGGCAAACAGCCGUGGAAUGGCAGUGGACAUCUCUGGGGACGAAGACAGGCUUAGGUUGUGGAGAAUGAACGAAGGCCUGAACCAUAAAUUUGUGCUGUCUUUAAUUUAAUUGUUUGACAUACAGGAGCUUGGGGCAAAUUUAGCAGAAGCAUUAAAAAGAAAUUCAAAUUAAUGAUCUAUGUCACAGCCUGUGUAUUAACCUUUGGAGAAAAAAAUGUUUCAAAGUGUAAAAAUAUGAAACUAUGGGACAUUUUUAAAUAUGAAUCAUUUUGUGCAACAGUGUAAACCAAACGAUUUACAGAUGUGGUUAAGAUUAGUGCAAUGUCCUGAAAAUGCAGGCGAUAUGAAAGCACUCAGAGUUCUGUUACCCAACUGUGUAACCCGCAGGCUCGGCCAGGGUUCAGGCCUGGUUAUUUUCAAAUGUAUUUAUUAAGAUAUUUCUUUCUCUGACUGUGCUAAGAAUCUGCUUUCAUGUGUGCAGCAUUGUUCUGUAAGUAAAAUAGCCAGUGAGAUGAGGGUGUUGCCUGGCAGAAGGACAAAAUAAUGCAAAAACACAUCAGGUCUCAGAUUUUGCAGGGGUCAGUUUUAAAGCUGUGCAGAACGCUAUGUGUGCUAUGAGCUUAUUGUUAUAAUAAAAAAUGUUAUAAAUACAUGAAAUGACAGAGAAUCAUGGGAUGCAACGACCAGUAAAAUGAAGUAAAAUGCCUCUGUGAUAUGAGGUUAAUACACAGGUGUCAGCCAGUGCUUUUGCUCUUGUCAUCAUUCAGACUGUAUGUUUUUCUGCAGGUUACCAGUUGACAGAGGCCCUUAUUGGCUGUAGAUAUCUUGAUGCUGUUAUGUUUGUUUGUUUUUUAAAUGAUCUUCUGUGUUGUCAUCAUGUUGUGUGGUCUUCAUACACAUCCCAAAGAAAUAUUUUUUGUACCAGAAUUUCUUUUUUUUUUUUUAAUAAAAACUUAUGUAUCAAGAAGAGUUUUUAUGUAAUAUGAAUAUUACAAAUAAA